UGACGCAGGACUGGGUUGGACUGGAGCACUGAUGGCAGGAAAUGACGGUAGCUCUGGUAGUGAUCCGGAAAUGGAAGAUGAAUCGUGUAGCGGGAGUACAGGAGGGAAUGAAUGGUGGAAAGUAGUAAAUCGGAAAAGAAAGAAAACUAAUAGUCAAGGAUCAUUUACGGAUAGUGGAAAGGAGGAUCAUGUGAGUAGGAAAAACAUUGAAGAAUAUAAAGUGAUGAUGAAAUUUGCAGAUUCAGGUAUGACGAUUAACCCAAUUAAACUAACUAAAUCGCUAAAUAAAGCCUUAGGUGAAAUUCAUAGUGCAAAGACUCUGAGAGAUGGUAACUUGAUUAUCAUAUGUAAGGAUGAAAAACAACAAAAGAAGGCUCUAAGUAUAACCUCGAUGCUUGGACUCUUGGUGUCAUGCACUUUGAUGAAGAAGAAACCUUGGGUUAGAGGAGUAAUAACUGGAAUUCCUACUGAUGUGAAUACUGAUAAAAUUAAAAGUUGCGUUGAAGGGGCGAAGGUAGUUGGAGCAAAACGACUUCAGUACGUGAAAAACAAAGAAAGAAUGGACAGUUUGUCAGUAAUGCUUCAGUUCGAUGAGGAAAGAAUGCCAGAGAGGGUAAAAAUAGGAUACGUAAGCUAUCCAGUAAGACCUUAUGUGCCUCCUCCGCUUAGAUGCUUCAAGUGCCAGAAAUAUGGACAUGUUAAUGCUGUUUGCAGAGGAAAACAACGCUGUGCGAGAUGUGGGGGUGACCAUGAAUAUGGUAAAUGUGGUGAAGGAGUGAAGGCUAAAUGUUGUAAUUGUGGAGUGCUUCACACUCCAGUCCAGUCGGUGGCGGUAAAUGCACCAAAAAGUUGGUUUGCCAUCCGCCAUAAAAAGUUAAAAGAAGAAGAAGAAACAUUCAGUAAAUUUGGCAGCAACUGUAAAAUGAAUAAGUUGUUAUUAGCAUUGUAAUGCUUUAUCUGACAUUA